AAUACGAUCGAAGGUCGAAGAUCCAAGGCUCAAAUGCUAAUUUGGUUAUGGCUUUGUUUACACCGAAUACUUGAUACGCAUAUCUUUCGGAUAAUCAUGAUGGAGGAAAUUCAAAUCGAAAUCGACAAGUUAAGACGAAUCGAAAAUGAAUACAGCAAGACACUGAGCCAGCUGAGACAAAAACUAGAUGGACAGUUGCAUGAAAAUACAAUGGUGAAAAAGGAGUUCGACAUUUUGAAGGAGGAAAACGACGUGUUCAAGCGUAUAGGACCUGUACUCGUGAAGCAAGACUUGUGUGAGGCCAAACAGAACGUUGACAAACGCAUGGAUUACAUCAAGUCUGAAUUAAAAUGGGUAGAUGACAAGAUAUCCACUUCAGGCAAGGAGUUGGAUUCACAGAGGGAUGUGAUAGAUAAACUGCAACAAACAUAUCAGCAAGCCCAAAUUAAGGUAUCAAUAAACCAGUCAAAAUCCUAAUACUGUACAGACUUUGUUUUGUGGAAUUAUCAAUUAUAUAAUUAGGUUAUAUUUUGAUAUUCAUUGCCAGAACUAAAAAUCUAUAAUGUAUAUAAUGUGCUACAGAAUUUUAGUAUUGACAGUGAAUAUUUGCAUGUAGCCUUUGAUAUCUAAUGAUAAAUGCUUAAGUAAUAUUGUUACAUAUAGUUUCAUCAUUUGGUACACGAGUGUCUUGCUCGUUUCAUUUAUUUAUACUUUAGAGACAAAUUAUAAAUAACAAUAUAUUAAUACAAAUCUUGA